AAUAUGUGUAUGGAUAUUGAGAUAUAAACAAGAGGCAUGACUAGCUCAGUGGAUAACUUUGAUACACAGGAUGUUGAUGGCGAGGAAGAGGAACUCGGGGAUGACUACGGCAUCUCAUUCCUGCGCGACAUCAUCAGCUUGGAACACUCUUUUGGCUAUGACUGCAAGCGACUGUUCAACUUGGUGUUGGUGGAUGAUGAUACCCUGAUCUUUGCAUCCGGCAACUUUCUGCACUACUUCAGCAUUAAACGACGUGAGGUGACUUUCCGCCAGACAGUCUUUGGCUGCGGCAUUGGCUUUAUAACGAAAAACGAACGUCCCGAGUUCCAGAAUCUGUUUACUGUGGCCGAGAAUGGGCCGCGUCCGACGAUCUUCAUCUAUGAGUAUCCCUCGCAUGAGGUGCGCAUCAAGCUGCUGAAUGCGGCCAAGAAUUGUUUCACUGCCGGCGCUUACAAUUCGAGUGGGGAACUGUUUGCCUCACAGGCGGGUUAUCCGGAUUUCAUCAUCACCAUUUGGCGCUGGCAGCAGGCCGAGGUUGUGUUGCGUGCCAAAUCCUUUCAGAGCAACAUACACUUUGUGCACUUCUCUGAACAUAAUCCGAUACUGCUCUGCUCCUCGGGUCUCAGUCACAUCAAAUUCUGGAAGAUGGCCAAUACUUUUACCGGCCUCAAACUCAAGGGGGAUUUGGGUCGCUUUGGCAAGACGGAUUUCAGUGAUAUAUGUGCCAUGUAUAUGCUACCCGAUGAGAAUGUCAUCUCCGGCUGUGAUUGGGGCAACAUUUUGCUGUGGGAAGCGGGCCUGAUCAAGUUCGAGGUAUGCCGGAAGGGACGCAAGCCUUGCCACUUGAAGCCGAUCACACGCAUCACGAUGCGGAAUGGUGAGGUGACCACCGUGGGCAUGGAUGGCUAUGUGCGCGUCUGGUUUUGGGAGACGGUCGAUCUGGCCGAUCCGCCAGAGGAUAAUCUCUUCGUCGAAAUCGAUCCGAUUUAUGAGUUCAAAAUCUCCGAUGUGGAAUUGCGUUGUCUGCAAAAGAUUAAACCAUUUGAGGACACAAAUUUUGGCUAUUAUGCGCAGGAUGGCGGUGGCGGGAUUUGGUAUUGUGACAUCAAUACCUUCGAUGUGCCACAGCCGGCCAAGCAGCUCUACUCGUGUGUAGGUGGACGUGUGAUCGCUGCCCAAAUGUCACCGGUUUCCCCGCAUCUGUUGGCGCUCUCCGAGACGGGGAAGAUCUUUGUGUAUGAUUAUGAAAAGUGCCGGCUGCUGUUGGAGAAACAAUUUGUGGCACAUGGAGUGGACAUCAUUUGGCUGGACACACAAGUCUCUAGCUAUGGCACAGAGUUGCUCGCUGCCUUUGAGGAUGGCAUAUUGAGGCAGCUGUUCCUGGAUUUGAGUGUCCCGUCGAAGGCUUCAGUGCGUCUCGUUGAGGCGUACAAGGCACACACGGCACCCAUCACCUGCUUGAGUGUGAAUCGUCAGAGCACCGUGAUCAUCACAGGCUCCGCGGACAAGAGCAUGUUCAUCUAUCGGCUGGGCAAUGAUGUGAAUCGGUUGGUUCAACUGCAGCCAUUGGGAUUUGUGGAGUUCAAAGCGGUGCCAAACUGUUUCCACUGGAGUCUGGCGCAACCUGUUGUUGUCUUAAUUGGUUGCAAGAGUGGCGAGGUCUAUGAGUAUAGUAUAAGCACAGAUAUCUCCGAGGAGCAGACCUAUUUGUCCUACAACAUCACAGAUGCCACACGCAUGCGCAGCACUCGCUUUGUUUCCGUGAAGAGUCGCAUCCGGCGGGAUCUGAAACGGGAACGAACCAAGAAACGCAAGGAGCGAAAAAGGGAGCGGAAAAUGCGUGAAAUUGAGAAAUUGAAGCAAGCGAAUCCCGGCUUGCAAAUUGACAUGGAAAGCGCUUUGGCCGACUCCGAACCGGAUGAGGAGGAGGAACCGCUGCACAUACCCAGUAUACCCAACCGGGUUAUUUGGCUGCGUUACACAGAGCGGGACACCAUCUGGGUCUCCAUGGCCGGCUAUGAUGCGGGCUAUAUCUACGAGCUGGACUUUGAGAGUGCCGAGCCGAAGGUGUGCACUGAGAUUACGGAUGCAGAUGACAUCGAAAUACACUCCUACUUCAUUGUCGAUGAGUAUAUAAUGUUUGGUCUGAUGAAUGGCAGUCUGCGCAUCAAUCGCCUCAAUCCGGAGGAUUUCACCGACCUAGCCGAUUAUCGCAUUUAUCCGAUGCACGAUGCCAUCAAAGGAACAAUUCCGGCGAUUAUCAGCAGCUACAACGGCGAACAAUUGGUGAGCGUUGGCUACGAUGGCAAUAUCUUCCUGUACAAGUGGAACGGCCCUAAGUUGGUGAGGAAUUCAUUGAGACGGCAUCUGCCAGCGAUGCCCGGCAGACCGGAGGUCGAGGAUAUUGUGGAUGUGGAGACGCCAUCGCUGGAACAGGAGAAGAUCAAUGCAGAACUGCAGCGACAACAGGAGGCAGCCGAGGCACACGAUCGCGAUGUCCUCGCCAAGAUCGGGGCACUGCAGAGUGUGUACUUUGAGAUUGUCAAACGCAACGAUGAAUUGCCGCAAGGUCUGCGAGUGCCCGACAAGGAUCUCCUCCUCGAUCAGCGCAUCGUCCAACAAGUUCGGGACGAACUCCAAGCCGAGCUGGACGAUGUCCGUGAGGAUCUCGCUUAUGAUUUAGAGUUUGCCCAUGUUGGACACACAAAGCUCUACAAUAAUUUCCUUAAGAAACUGGAUCAUGUGCCAUAUACUGUCACGCCCCUUUGUGCUAGAAUUGAGCCGUUGUCCACUUUUCGUCUGGAGACGCUUGGCGAGGAAUUUCAGCAAAUCAAACGAGAUAUUGAGGAACGCCUCAAAAUGGAGCACGAUAUGCGUCUAACUGAAGUGGUUGUCAGUGAUGAGAAGGAGGAUUCGAUUGGUAAUCCGCCGGCGGAGACGUUCUUCUUUGGCCGUGAUCCAUCGAGUGUUACGCCCAAAUUUAGCCGUAAAAUGAUGCGAUUACUGACACGUUACCGGAACCGACAACUCUACGAGGUGAGACGGAUUUUCGACUGGGAGAAAUUGGAGCGACAGAAACCCGAUCCGAACCGCAAUCAUCCCGAUGACGAUGCACAGAUUGCAGCAGCUAAACGCAAUCUGGGCGAUUAUAAACUGAAAUCCGGAUCCGAAUACGAGCCGAAGAGCUCGGAAACCCUUACAGCCAAAUACAUUGAGAUUGUGGAGUGUCGCGAGCGAUACUUUGAAAUGCUGGACUCGUACAAUGUGCAGGUGAUGAUGUUGCGGGAUCGCAAAAGGGAGCUCAUGGAGUUCAUCGAAUCCAAGCGACAACGACUCGCAAGAAUUCAUCAAUUUUUACCGGAAGCAAAUCGCAUACAGAUGCGGCACAUCAAAGAUAUCGAUAUGGAAACGGAAUAUCCCGAGCUGAAUCUGAUCGAGCACUUUGAGCCCGGCUGCGGUGUCAAUGUCGAUGAUAUACUCUACCUGGAGGCGAAUGUUGAACAGUUAAUCGCUGCGCGCAAAACAAAACUGACCCUGGAUAGGAUUAGUCUAUACGAAAUGGAGGCAUUCGGCAAUCCCGAUCUUCAAGAGAUGACCAAAUACAAAGCACUACAAAUUUCCAAGGUGGAAAGAUCGCUGCCCGACGAUGAAAUGAGGGAGUUUAUUGAAAGAUUGCCCGCCACCAGUGAUCCGGCGUAUUUUGAAUGCGAUGCGGAGGGAAAUGUGCCCAUGAUGCAAGAGGUGCGUCAUCGUUGGCUCAGAGUGAUGGUUGUGGAGCAACUACACAUCAUGGCCGAGAUUGAUGAGGAGAUCCGCUUGUUUGAUAUGGCACUGGAUAAUAUACAGAUGCAGCGGUUCCAGGUGAAAAUGGAUUCGGAAUUCCUCUCCUCGUUCAUGAUCAGUCUCGAUCAGGAGCUGUAUGUGCUGCGGGACAGCGAGGAGAUCGAGACGCAGCUGCUCCAGAACGCCAAACAGGCGAUGGGUAUACGCAACGAAAUGCAGAUUGUGAUCAAUGCCACCAAUCGCCAGUUGGAGGAACUCCGCAAGAUCAUCGAUCGACUCAACGAACAAAUUGGCCAGCUCCAGUUGAGUUUCAUGAAUUCGGUGAAGGGACAUCGAUUCUAUGAUUUCUUGCGCCGCAUUUUCAAAAAGAAAUGGCGUCCACCGAAGCGUGUCCAUGGCGACGACGAGUCCUCGUCUUCGUCGUCGUCCUCCUCGUCGUCCAGUGAGGAUGAGGCUGCCGAUGCCCAGAGCAUUGACUCGCUGGACAUGACCACCAUCCGGCUGGAUGAGGCCACGUGUCCCAUUGGCUUGGAACGCAGCCUUUACGAAUGGACCUUCACUGUGCGCUCGGAGCGACACGAGCUGGAGCGCAUCCUCACAGAGAGUCAUCGCGAUGUGGACCACAAGCGUCGCCAGAUUGCCGAAAUGCAAACCAAGAUGAAGCACAACGAGGAGAUCUAUCAGCAGGAAAAGAAUAAGCUGCUGGACUUUCGGCGCAACCGGCAGACGGAGAUAAACAAGGUGCAGAUAAGUACGGUGCUGCGCAUGGAUCAACUGCAGCAUUUCCGCGAGGGUGAAAACUAUCGGGAUGUGUCCAAUGCGAUACUGUUCGAUGCGGAAAUACUGAGCGAUCUACGCCGCCGUGCCGAGAAGCUGCACGAGGAGACGCUGGCCACAAGGCGGUGGCAUCGCAUCAACUUCAUCCAUCUGCGUCGCAUGAACCGCGACAUCAAAUUCAUGCGAUUCGAGAUCACCCGCCUGGAGGAGGAGAUCAGGCAGGCGAUGAUGAAGCGCUUCGGCCUAAUCAUCAAUCUCGAUGAGCUCGAAGAGGAGGUGCUGCGUCGCUACAUCUUUGACCUGGAGUCAACCGCCGAGGAUGAGUUGCGAGCCCUCGAAAAGGAGCUCAAGGAGCGGCAGAUUGAAUUAUCCCGCUGCGAGGAGGAGCUGGUGCAGGUGACGCAAAACAACACGGAGAAGGUGAACAUACAAACGGUGCUCCUCGAGCAGAAGAAUAUGCUGGAUGUUAUCCUCGAUGUGCAGGAGCGCAACUAUCACAAGUGGGCAAAUCCCCAAGUGCUCAAUCUGAGCUACGACAUUGAGAAACUGAUGGGCAUCGACAGCCAGCUGCUGCAACAGAUUGAGUGCUUGGAACGGGAGAUUUGCACGCUGCGCCUGAAGGCGAAACCAUUGCAGAUUAACGAAACGGAUGCGUUGCCUCGUGUGGCCAACAGUGAGCUGAUGCCGGAGCAAGCGGAGACGGAGCUCUGUCCGGCCAUACUCAAUGUGGAUGCGUAUAUGUUGCCACCCAUGCCGGAUGAGUUCAUCAUGGACCGUGUCCACACCAUUGUCCAAAAGAGUUUCAAUCAUUUCCUUGGACGCCAUACGACGCCGGAAAAUGUGCGCAAAUUUGCGCAAAGAUCAUCGCUAUAUUUAUGCCAGGCCGCAUAUAGUUUCCAAGGACGCUAUACGGACCGAAUUGCCGAGUGUAUAACGGAGCAUCUGGAGACCAUUGUGCCAAAGAAAUAUCUGAUACACAUCAGUGCGGAGGAGUUGCGUAAAUUGUUCAAUGAAGUCGUCGCCGUUUUCGAUUAUGAGCGAUCCGAUGUGAAUACGGAGGAUUUGAUUUCGGGCAUCUUUGAGCAUGCCAAGGAUGCGCUGUGUACUCGUGGCAUCUGUGAGAUCGUCAAUCGCACUCAGUUUAUUGUGUUGCACAUGUUCAAGGAGUUGAUUGAGGUGUUGCCGCUGGAGGAGUUCCAGGCGGAGGAGACGCUGCGCAUCAUUGUCGAUGUGCUCGAACGUGAACCGAUGACAGAUCCGCGUGCCAUCAAUGUGGAGGAUCUCAUAGCGAGCACCCUGAAGCAUGCCAAGGAUAACCUGCUCGAUGGGAUUACGGCGCUGCCCAUCCGUCAGCUGGGCAACAGCAUCCAGAAGGAGUUGCUCAAGCGGCGCCAAUUCAAGCCACCCAAUUGCCAAUCUCCGCUUGCGGUUCGCAGUGCCAGCAAGAAACAGGGCCCAAAAACUGGAUUACCCUUUUAGUAUUGAAAUCUUAGAGCAUCCUGCUCUAAUUUUGGGUGCAAGUUUUCAUCGGAGAAUAUUAACAUUGAUAUUAUUUGUAAUUAAGAUGUAAUCUUUAUGUAAAAUACGAUUAAACUCAAUUUUCUUCGGGGCUAGUUAAACAGCAAGUUUAGACAGAGAAAUAAUAUGUUUAGUGGCACAG